AUGGGGCAAGAGGGAGGAACGGCUGCAGCAGAACUGCGCCUGGGCGCCCUGCUCGGAGACAGCACCAGUGAGCGGAGGGCGGCCUUGGACAUGCCCUCCCGGCUGACCAUCAGCCCCGGCCUGGCUUUGAGUUUCCCCGUGUUUUUGAACCAGGCCGGGCUGCUUUCUUCUCUCGUCAAGCUCACUCCUCUUGCAGUGGAUGAUAAGUUAGCUCCUCUUGCAGUGCUGCCUAGUCUGAAGCUUCACAUAAACCCCAGGGCUCUUGACCGAAAGAACCGCAUUGUCAAAGUUGCUCACACCUGUGACCUCAUGACCCAGGGGAUUUUGGCCUUGGUCACCUCCACCGGCUGUGCGUCUGCCAACGCCCUGCAGUCCCUCACAGAUGCCAUGCACAUCCCACACCUCUUUGUCCAGCGCAACCCCGGGGGGUCACCGCGCACUGCCUGCCACCUGAACCCCAGCCCAGAUGGCGAGGCCUACACGCUGGCCUCAAGACCGCCUGUCCGCCUCAACGAUGUCAUGCUCAGGCUGGUGACAGAGCUGCGCUGGCAGAAGUUCAUCAUGUUCUACGACAGCGAGUAUGAUAUCCGUGGGCUCCAAAGCUUUCUGGACCAGGCCUCGCGGCUGGGCCUUGACGUCUCUUUACAAAAGGUGGACAAGAAUAUUAGCCACGUGUUCACCAGCCUCUUCACCACUAUGAAGACGGAGGAGCUGAACCGCUACCGGGACACGCUGCGCCGCGCCAUCCUGCUGCUCAGCCCGCUCGGAGCCCACUCCUUCAUCAACGAGGAACCAUAUCGAGUCCUGGGUGGAAACGCAGGGCCAGAGCCUCCUCCCUGAGACCAGCCGUGACAUCGGAGAUUGUGGCCACACACCAUGGCCAUUCCAGCGGCCAGCGAAGGGGCUGUUCCCGGGGCUGCCGUCCAUCGAAGCCACUCUGGGUGUGUGUGGACGUCCUGGGGAUUGCAGGACUUCCUUCUGUCCCCUCUCGCUUAUUGUUUCCGCGCCUCCAACUCCAGCUGUACACAGGCUCCCUCUUCCUUUGUUUCUUCUCUACUUCUCUUCUCUUUCCCAUCUCUUUUGUCUCACUGGAAAGAGUAGAAAAUUAAACGAUUUUAAGCCA